AUGCCAGUCCCUCUUGCACCAUAUCCAACAACUCCGGCGCCGCCACUGGCUCCGGCAUACACUCCUCCGCCUCCUGCAAAUGGUAGUACAGGUGGACAGAGCCAGUUAGUGUGUUCAGGUUGCAGAAACCUUCUGAUGUAUCCCGUCGGAGCAACCUCUGUCUGUUGUGCCGUCUGUAACGCGGUCACGGCCGUUCCUCCGCCGGGAACGGAGAUGGCUCAGUUAGUGUGUCGAGGAUGCCAUACACUUUUAAUGUACAUUCGAGGAGCUACAAGUGUUCAAUGUUCUUGUUGUCACACCGUUAAUCUUGCCCUCGAAGCGAAUCAGGUGGCGCAUGUGAACUGCGGAAGCUGCAAGAUGCUACUAAUGUAUCAAUAUGGAGCAAGAUCUGUGAAAUGUGCCGUUUGUAGCUUUAUCACGUCUGUUGGGGGUUCGACGAGCACGACUGAUCAGAAAGAAGAAGUUGAUUCACCAGUUUGUAAGAGUGAUUCAGGAAUAAAAGCUAAGCUUUUAAUAGAUGAUAUUCAGUUAAUGGCUGAUGCAUUAGCGCAUAACACAACGUAA